AUGGAUUACAAUUACGAUAAGUUGCUACAGCAGUUGGAACAAGAGAUCGAUCAAAUUCGUCUAAAUUUCAAACAGGAUGAAAAACAGAUCUUGGUUCGUGAAAUUGACAAACAAUUGGGUGGAUUUUACGGGAGCUUGGAGCUUCGUGAUGGCUUAAAAGAGGCCCAUGCAAAAAUGAAUGCUGUGGUGGCAGCACUAAAGCGUGUACGAGAGUUUGUACGUUCACAGUUUGUUCGCCUUCAGAUCGAACAACUUCAGGAGAAUGUCACCUUAUUACAAAAAGUCUUCAAUGAACGGAUGGAACUGCCGGAUAGUGACGAAUUUUUCAACGAAAUGCUCAGCGAUGCAGGCAAUCCAGAGAGAUCUACCAAUCCAUCGACGUCUUCUCGUGAAUCAACGGAGCCAUCGAAGACGACUUCGAAAUAA